AUGGCGCACCACCACCCAGGUCAAUAUGGUGCACCACCGCCACAGGGGCAGUACGGUGCUCCACCUCCAGGUCAAUACGGAGCGCCUCCUCCUGGCGGCGGAUUUGGUGGCCCACCAACCCAAGCAUCUCUAGGAUACGGUCCGCAACGGGUAGCCAAUAUCGAUGUCAGCAAAGAUGUUGAAGCUAUACGGGGAGCUAUGAAAGGCUUCGGAACCAAUGAGAAGGUCUUGAUUGCUACCAUGGCGAAGAAGGACCCUCUACAGAUGGAGGCUAUUCGCACACAAUAUGACCAGCGAUUGAUGCGAAAUCUGAUCACAGAUCUACAAAAGGAGACUAGCGGAUACUUCGAGAAAGGUCUGGUAGAGAUUGCUCGCGGACCAUUGGUGUCGGAUUGCUACAAUCUCAUGGAGGCGAUGAAGGGCGUGGGCACUAAGGAGGUUAUCUUGGACGACAUACUUAUCGGCCGCAGUAAUGCCGACAUGAACGCCAUCAAGGAGAAGUACCAGCAACUCCAUAAACGAACGCUCGAGGCAGAUCUCAAGGGCGAUCUCAGCGCCGCUACCGAGCAAAUGUACAUGAUGAUCGUUGCCGCGAGACGUAACGAAGAUUCGCAUCCUGUUAUUCCCCAGGAGAUCGACCAAGCUGUAACAGAGCUCCAAAAUGGCAUGGGCGGUUUCGCCAGUAAGAACACUGCGCGAAUCUGUGAAAUCUUGAUCCACAAGAACGAUGCGCAGAUUAAGGCCAUAGCGCAAGCUUACCAGCAGCGCUACCACAAGAGCCUGGACCAGCAGAUCAAGUCGGCAUUCUCGGGACACAUGGAAGACGCACUCAGGCUCCUGAUCGCACGCGGCAUGAACCGCGCUGAGGCUGAGGCUGUUCGUCUCGAAGAAGCGAUGGCAGGCCUGGGUACGAAGGACAAUCUGCUUGUGCAGCGGGUUGUUCGUUGCCACUGGAAUCCACAGUUCAUGAAUGCCGUCAGCCAGGAAUUCAAGAGGGUCGUUAAGAAGGACCUCGUCAAGCGAAUAGAAGGCGAGACGAAGGGCGACUACGAAAGGCUAAUGGUUGCUUGUGUGAAAUAGACAACACAGGUGGUCUGUAUUCCUUGUUUCAUUUCCUAGAUGUAUGUGUUUCACUACACUUUGUCUUAGAUACCGGCUCUUGGUAGCGAUGGAGUAGAUUAGGGUUAUGGGUUGGAAAGCCCUGUCGUAGUUCAAUAUGAUACGUUUGCUUCGUGC